CCCAGGACUUCGAUCGAACUGGCACACUCUCGAACUGUCCGAGAACCGAGCAGUGUCCAGUCUGAUGCUUUCGAUUCAUAGAGCGUGUAUUUUACAGGCAUGUUUGGAUCUGUCAGCCAUUUGAACUGAAGCUAAAGUGGUCCUAGCCUGGUAAAUGUGAUGUUGCUUGCAACAGAUGCCGGGGAUGUUUUGAAAAGAGAGUUUUAUUUAGCGUGGAUCACGGACGACUGGAAUUAUAAUGUCAUCUCACAGGAGGCGGCGGGAUUUGUCUUUUGGUAAGUCAAAGGAUUUUCGAUCUGUUUCCAAGCUUUUGAAGCUAGUUAAACGUUGCAUAAACUACCAAUAACUUUGUUUCACUCUAGUCCAAUUAAAAACUUUAAAUCUCCCUGAUAUCGGUUUAUCUACACGAUUUAUUUCUGAGCACUUCAAAAUAAACUCAUUUCACCCACUGGCCAACAAAGAACUUGUUUACUUUAACAGUCCGAAACGCGCAUCGUUGGUCGUCACCAAGCAAGAGAAAGAUGCGCUAUUUGAAGGACGGUCACUUUACUAAUUAAGUGGAUGGUUUGAUGGUUACGUUUUUGGCCACACGGUAAAAGCGUUCAGCAUGCAAUAAAAUCAUGGACGCACUACUCUCGCCACAUGACCAUUUAAACUUCUUGUCUGAGUUCCUGUUUAUCUUCAGCUGUUUUUGUUUCAUGUAAGUGGGCUACGCUUGUGGCGGAUAUUCUUAAAGACCUCAACCGAAUAUGUGGCGACUCGAAAAUCAUAAAAUUCAAUUGGCUGUUUAAUCCUGAUACCGCUAAUAAUGUAUUCUCUUUUUCAAAAGAUUUCAACCCUUAGUUCUGUAAGAUAUUGCACAAAGUCUAAUUGAAAUAUUAAAAACUCGGAUAUAUUUUAUCCUCACAGAAUUUGUUGUACGUAGCCACAUAUCUCAAACUUAACUUGAACUAAAAAAGUAAAAUACUAGUAAUGUAUACCAGCUUCACACUUCGUUCGGACAAUCAUUGGUAAAAUAACUGAAACAUUUUAAUCUAGAAAAUCGUUGAUUUAUUUAUUCUAGGUAUGAAAGUGGGAGGCAAAAUUUCUGGUUUAAAAUUAUAAGUUGUCCUAUCCGAUUGAUGAGCUUUCAUUUAACUCUAUGCAUUUGUUUACUUUCGGAAAACUCAACCACUGUAUUAACUAUCGAAAGGAAGUGGGGUGAAGAGAAUUUGAAUUGCUAAUUUAUAGUCUACUAAAAGCGAGACUAAAUAUUUUUCCCAGUGUUCGGUUACUGAAAUCAAUAUUGCAAAAGUUACUUGUAGCUUUUAAAUAUAUUUAUUUAGUCCUUUUACAGUAAGUUAAAUUUAAUUGCUCUUCCUUUAGCUGUCUGCUAGUAUCUCACCACGGACUAGGGAUUUUUUAUACAUAGACAUUAGAGCAGAAAAUAAUUCUCUUGUCCAAAUACCACAUUCUUUGUUAAUGAUUGUUUGUAUAGUUCAUUAAUUCUUUUGUUUUAAAUUAUUUGUUUCUUAUCGAACAAGAUGGAGCCAGAAGAUUCUUUCCUUUUGCAUUGUCAUAAUCAGUAUACAAAAGAAUAGAGCCUUUUAUUACUUGCUAAUGUUAUGAUUCUAUAAAAAAACGUUUACCCCUUCAACAUGUCGCAGCAGUGCUAUGAGAUUAUCAUGUAAGUGGAGAGGGGUGGAGGUCAGAAAUCUCAUACAAGAUAACUGGUCAGAGGAAUAAAGGAAUCAAUCCAAUCACUUCUUAAAAUGAUAGGAGUCAAAAUUUAAUGUACACUGCAAAUUUUAUUUUGAAUAUAAUAUUGAGCAAUAAAUGGUGGUAUGGACUUAUAAUAUUACGCAUAAAAAUGAUAACAUCAUAAUAUCUGUUUGAAAUAAGCUGAAUUUUUUUUCAUAAUUGUUAGCUUAAUUAAUAAAUGAAGACUUUGCAUCCCUGGUGUUUUAAUAUAGUAAAUUAUUUCUUUCUCUACAACAAAGACUUUUUAAUGUUUAAUGAAUCUAAUUUUACUUUUAAUAUUCUUCACCAAAAUAAUAAAAACCUUAAUCAUAUGGAUUCUAAUGCAUUAAAGAAAGAACAUAUCUAAAGUGUUUAGAAGCCUGCACUCCUUUCAAAGGGCUUGCUUCUUAAGUUUUGUUUAAUACAGUUCGCAUGUGUGUUAUCAAAAUGUCGGCAAGGUGUGUUUAAGUCUGUAAAACAUGUUAUAAGUUGUAUUGUUAGCAGAAAUAGCACUCAACUGGCAUUUAGUUCAUCCAAUACCUCCUUCAUGAUUUUUUGGUACACAGUCAACCCAGUCAUGCCCAGCUCAUUUUAACCUUGACUGGUAUCAAACAGAAAACCCCAAAAAUAGUAAGUUCAAUGCGCUGAUGCUGUUUCUCCUAACUAUUUGCAGCUUUUCAGCCUCUUAUCCAUGAACCUCUAUCAAAUCCAGAAUUUUUGCAGAAUGGUGUUAAUGGAGAUCCAGUGACAGUGACCAGUGAUGCUUCAAAUGUGUCCCCUGAGCGCACCCAUGAACAGCAAGGUAAUUACCCUUUAAGCCCCAAUAAUUAUAUAGAGCAUUUUCACUAGCCAGCAUCUUUGCAAAUUAAUUGGAACAAAAUAGAGCAUUUGCAUAAGAAAAGAGUUCAACUCCCACAGGACUGGUUUAGGACACCCACAUGGCUGCCAUUUCAUCGUCUUGGGACACCAAUAUGGCUGCCCUGACGUCAUGUGAAAACACUCUAUCCACAGAUAAAUUCUCUAAACUGAUCUCCUUACAUUUUUUAAGGAAUAAGUUGAGAGAAUUUGUUUAAAGAUCAUAAGUAAUUUUCCCUGAAGGUGCAUGAUCAUUUCAUUAAUUCUCAUAACUUAAUCUCUUGAUUAUGUAUUGACAUUGUUGGGAGAAAUUUGAUGUUGGUCACUACUGAGUCAUUGAUCACCCUCAGACCUUUUUUGUUAAUAGUUCCCGAAUCCUAACCUGAGGGUGAGAUGUGUCUGGUAGAAGUCUGAUUCUUAUAUAUGCUGCUGACCUUCCCUCAACAUAGUUGCCGGCACUGCCUGAAAUACUGUUCUAAUAUAUGAGAAAAUACUCCACUGGCAUAAAGAAAUAUUGCAGGUUUUUAUUGCUGGCAUUCCUGUGAAGUUGAACUCAAGGGAAGUCAACUUCACAAGCAUGUUGUGGGUAAAUAUAAAGAAUUGGGAUUGCUUCUUGCCUUCUGCUCUCAUAUGGGAAUAGUAUUCCAGUGAGUACUGGCAGCUUAAUGUUGUAGAAAGGUGGGCAACAUAUGUGUGAUAACCAGGCUUUAAGAAUACUCCAUACCCUUUUGUGGGUAGUGAGGGAUGGUUUUCCCCCUACUUUGGCUAUGUAACAUCAUUGAGUUGUUGUUAAUUGCUAUUGUUUUAUUUCUGGUUACAGUGCUUCUGGGAGCAAUGCAGGAAGCUUUUGCCAGUAAAGUUCAGCACCCUAGAAAAGCCAUGUCACUGUUUCUCAAAGCAGGAAAAGGUAUGAAUAAUUUAAAAUGAAUAAUAAAAUUUAGAGAUCAAUAUAUUAUUUAAUACGUUAAGUGAUUUAAUAAUUAAUAAGUUUUAGUAAAAUUAAACAAGUCUAUCCAAAGAGGGUGAAAGAAAAGGAGGAAUUGGGAAUGAAGAUUGAGUGUGGAGCUCAGGAAAAAUUCUCUCAACUGAUUCUUUAAAUAAAUGUAUGGAUAUCAGUGAGGAGAAUUUGUAUGUGGAUAUUGGGACUUAAAGGAUUAAGUGAAAUUCUUUUAUAAAAUGUAAACUCCCGUAGGACUUGUAUUGACUGGCGAUGAUGAAACUGCCUUGGAAUGCUUUGAAUCUCUUAUCCAUCUGGCCAAUGAACAGCUUAAUCAUGUCUGCACUGAAAAAUCUAAGCUUCCUCCAUUAACAGCAGAGGAGAGGGAAGAAUUAACUCAUAGGGUAUGUUGAUUCAUUUUGCUUUCUACUUAAUUACUCUUUCUUUUCUCUGUCUUUGUCUGUACUCUAUUUUUUGUUUAAAACUUUACUUGAAAUGGUAAAUGGUCAUUUCAAACAUUUUCCAAUACAGGAUUCACUAAGAAGACGGGAGUCUUCGAGAGCAGAACCUGAACCCAGAAAAUCCUUUAUACAUGUAAUUAUGGUGUUAAUUACCUUAUCCAAGACGUUUCUCAUUCAGUCAGUCAAUCACAUAUGUCGAAUGUGAAAUAAGAUGCCAUCCUUUGUUCUUUCACCUACCCAGCUGUGAUUCUUUCUAAUUACUCUUACUAGGGACCUUACGAAACUACGACGGCGACGGCAAGGAGAACGUCAAAAAAACAAUAGGUUUAAUGAGUAAACCAACAACUCUACACGUGCAUCACGCUUUUUUGUACAUUUCUUUGCUGUCCCUGCACAACAACGACAUGAAAUGACCACAUUUUAAGUUUACUUGAGUACGGGAAUGGCAAGGCGAUAAAUUCUACCAUCUCUGUCUGAACUCAGGCAAGGCCCCCUCUCUUCAGCUCCAGCCAAAAUUCCCUUCUUUUAAGUAACAGGGCGAAUUGGGAUAAUCGCGAAAACGUCUAAAAGGAUGCAAAGCCUAUUUUUCAGCGAUGUUUUCAUAGACGUCGCCGUUGUGGGAUCGUAAGGUCCCUACUUAACUAAUUUUGCAAACAUUGUUCUUAAAGCCUGUUCAUUUGGUAGUUUGUUUGUCCUUUUUUUCUCCCAUUCAUCUAUCCAUUCAAUUUCCCACUUACCUUUCAUUCAACCCACUCUGAUCCACCCAUUCAUAUAACCCACCAUUUCUUGUACCCACCUAUCCAUCUAUACAUCUGGUCAUCAACUAGACUACAAGCAACCUCUCUUUUUCCUUAGUCCGUCGAGCAAUACAUGUGAGACUUGCAAAGGACCACACGCAUGACUGAAGGCGAGAGACGGGAGAGGUCGCGUGUGCGGCACUCACCUCUUGAAAUCUGAAGAAAAAGAGAGACUAAUCGCAGUCUAGUCAUCGACCCAUUUGCCAAAAAUAGACCUUUUACAGUGAUGUCAGUGAAAAAUACAAAUUAAACCUAGCAGAAAUUUCACCACCGCCUGAAAUAUCAUCCCUUGUUUUGUUAUUUGUAUAGGUAAUAGCAUGAUUAGUAGUGAUAUUUGGCAUAAAUACCACAAGUGAUAUUUCAAAAUUGUUAUACGUAAUUUCACGAGCCGGUAGGUGAGUGAAAUUUGAUACAAUUUUGAAAUAUCACGAGUGGUAUUUAUGCCAAAUAUCACGUACAAAUUUUGCUAUUAUUUGUUUAUACUACUACCCGCAAAAGGUUUGUAAUUUUCACAUGUAGGUAUUUCAAAUUAAGCUGAAAUACCACUGCUCUAAGCCAAUCAAAUUGCAGAAAUUUCUAUUGUAGUGGUAUAAUACAUGUUGCAUUAUACGUUACCUGAAAAGAAGAUCAUGGGGAACUUUGCAGACUUUUGUAUGACUAGAUGUUUACAACAAAUUAUACUCUCAAGCAUACAACUGCCUGGAAAUUUUCUCAAUUUCCAUCCAAUUUACUUUCAAGGCUUGCGUUUCAUUUGUACAUUGUACUCAUUGGAUUUUGUGUGUGUGUGUGGUAUUUGUAGAGUACAUUACUUGUCAUUGCUAAAUAACUGAUAUUUUUGCUGACCAUACCCUUUUCUGUAAACUUAGAAUUCACUGAAAUGGCAAGACUCCAUAAGGCAGGAAGGAGAUGCAGACCACAAUGAAUUGCAACAGGAAGUAACAGACACUACCAAAACCAUAGUAAAUGGAUUUGGUGAUUCAGUACACUCUGUGUACGAAGGCAGUGACAAUGUAACAAGGAUUUCAGUAGACUGUGAUCCAGCGGCAAACUCAAUGCAAACUAGCAUUGGACAAGAACAGGAAGAAAAAAGCAUUGAAAAUGGUGCUACGGAAGUUGUCCAAGCUUGCGAUGAGUCAAAUAUGUUUGUAGUAGAAGAACAGUCAACAGAGUUUUGUUAUGUUGAAACUGUUGUUGAAGAACGUUCUAUACCUUCAUCUGAGAGUUUCAUGUCAGAUGAUGUUGGUAAGUCUGUGGCUUGUACAGAAGCUGUUGUGCAGGAUUCAGUGACCUGUGUAGCGGAACUAGCAGAAGAGGAUAUGGAGAUAUGUGAACUAGUAGAAUGUGCAGAAACUUCUUCUGAGGACUUUCAAGUCGCAACAGUGGUAGAAAAUGAUGAUAUUGUCAGUGUUUGCAGUCUUGGCAGUUCUGAGAAUAUUGUGCAAAUGCAUGAGAUUGUCAUGGAGACAGGCAAACAGCUCAUUGAGGAAGUCCCCAUGAGCCCUAUGGAGAAAGCACUUAUUAGAAGAGGGUAUGGUCUUUUUGUUUGGUCAAAUCUCAGUAAGAGGUUAUUUAAUACGAGGAUUUCUCAAACUCGUUAACAACUCAAAGGCCAUCAUAUUCCGUAACGUGUUUGGAUAUCCAAUGAGCAGAAGCUCUUCGUUUUCUUGUUACUAAAUUUCUCCUUAAUAGUGACUUUAUAUGUCAAACACCUCAAAGUUCGUCAAAAACACUCCUCCUCUACAUGUCAUAUUUUCGACUCAUUUCUCAGUGUCCGGUAUGUCUUUUAACCCGUUAUCUCUCAAUGACCUAACUUAUAUACACUUUUGAAGUGCGCAAAAGUCCUUGCAUUUAAAGGCAUUGUCCUAACAUAUAUCUGGUUUUCCUCUCUAAGUAUAGUUCUUUAUUUCUCCUAAAAAUUCAACAGGUACGUAGUGAGUGAGUUGCUUGACACAGAGCAGAGUUACAUACAAGAUCUUGGUCAUGUUGUUACGGUAAGGGAAUAAUUGGUGAAAUACACAGCCUUUUAGAAACAGCCGACAUUAAUAGAAGCCACAACUAGUUUCUCCGCGAAAUGACAUCCGACGAACGAGCGCAGAAAUUCCAUACUGAUGACGUGUCAUUACCCAGAUCUGGGUAGGGCUUCUAAUUGGUCGUGCCGCGAGGUAAAUUUGCUUCAACCAAUGAGAAGUACUUCCAAGAGCUGGGUAGUGACACGUCAUCAAUAUGGAAUCUUCUGCAGUCGUUUCUCAGACGCCAAUUCGCGGCAAAACCAGCUGCGUUGUCGCGAAAAGUGUGCUAACACUUACAAACAUUUGUAUAAAAUUGUGUUCCAUUCACAGGGUUAAAGUUUGAAAAAAAGAAGAUUUUCUUUUUUUUCCCUACUUUUUUCCAGGGUUACAUUCAAGAAUUUUCAUCGGCAGAUGAUCUUCCCGUUGAAUUGAAAAACAAAGAAAAAGAAGUAUUUUCCAACCUAGAAGAUAUUUAUGACUGGCAUUCGAGGUAGGCAACUUUUAUAUAUUUUGUAGGUCUGAUCAUUUUUGUGAAAUUAACGCAUUAGUGUUCUUUGACCAUUUUUUUCAGAGAUUUUUAUGCUGAUUUGAAGUAUCGUGAAGAUCAACCAGACAGGAUCGGUGAACUUUUUACCCAAUCGGUAGGUAAAACUUCCACCAACUUAAACUUCCACGUACAGAAAAUUGCAAAAUUUAUGUUGUUACAUCUGAGAUAAACCUAGCCUGUUCCAGGCUCCGAGAUAGUGGUGAAAAGUCGUUCAGUAAAAAGAAAUGCGAAAAACGCGCAGGGGCUGGGGAAAGACAUGUUUCUCGCCGCCACCGCCCCCUUUCCCAUAGCCUGAGAUCAUGCCCUCUCCCUAUUAUCCCUUUAUGUCUCUCACGGGAAGAGGGCAUGAUACAUUUCUUUGUCGGAUCACAUGUAAAAAUGCCAGAAUCUGGACUUUUUUCUGAUUGGAUAGGAAACAAUGCGGAUGAUUUGCGCUGCUCCGAUUGGCCAAAAUGACGCCAUCCGUUAGCUGUUGUUGAUUUCAGUCUGCAUUUUUGCUUGCGUAAUGAGCAGUGAAUACACACGCGAGUUCGUUAUGAAAUUUCUGCCCGCUCAGUUUUCUUGAAUUUGAAGAAUGCCUAAAUAGAAGUUUCAUCCAUUGAAAUAUUUACUAUCUCAUCGUAUACCAAAACAGUUGCAGUCAAAACUUCACCGAUCAUUUGAAUGCAAUUUGAUACCGGCUACAAGUUACAGAAGCGACAAACGGGUUCACUUUUCAAAUAAUCAAUUCAUGAAUGGAAUCUUGACCUGGUUUGACAUGCUGCGAAUUAUUCUAAGCGAUCUUCGCUUUCACAACACCUUUCAGUACGUGAAAUAUGGUGCUUCAGCCUAAUUUUUUUCCACUGCUUUCGGUACAGAACGAAGUCAACGAGCUUUAACCAGUAAAUUCUUUAUUAUUUGUAGCUAUUCAUAAAGGUACGACAGCUCCAGCUAGCAGUAUAUUUCAUCACAAAAACACGGACGUACUUAAAAAAUUUUUUUUUCCCUGGGCUGAUUUCAAAAGAGACAUUAUUCGCGCCAAAAUUUGAUUCCCGUUUGGUAAACGCUUAUUGGCUAAAAAACAUGACAGGUCAAGCAAACGUUAGAUUAUGUAAAUUAGGGGGCGGUUGACUGCUUGUUAAAUAAAUGUAUCAGGCGUUAUUUUUUUUCCCUCUCGAGCCAAAGAAGCAAAAAAAAAAAAAAAAAAAAAAGACGCCUGAUCUCAGGUUACCUUUCCCAAGUCGUGCGCGUCUUAUUUUCGCUUUGCUCGUUUUAAUACGUCCGUACUAUACUAUCUGAGAACCUGGCACAGGCUAAGAUAAACCAUUUGUAUCUUUAAAGGUGAAUGUGCACGUGAUUUCUACUGUGCUCACACAAGAGGAGUAAAAGAUUAACGAAAUGUUGGCAGUUCGUAACUUUAACUCGCUCUUUCUCUGAAUGUGUGAUAUUAUGUUAUUGAACGUCAAAGUAUAAUUGCUGAUAAUAUUUCACAGGAGCAACGAAUGGAGGAGUUGUACUCAGAGUACUGCAGAAAUAAACUAAAAUCGGACUCUUUAGUUCAGAAAUACGCCGACACCUUUUUCAAGGUUGGUAUCCAUUGUCAUUGUAUACUGAAGGCGAUUACGGCCAGAGAUGUAGUGGAAAAAACGAGCCCGAGUGUUUUUAUCAUGUUUAAAACCAGCCUGCGUAGCAAGUGUUUCCGUGGGAACCAGUUGCGAAUUCGCUGUGGUAAGACAAGCUCUCCUUCCAGCUUCUUCGACCUACUCGCGCGGAAACGCUUGCUACGCAGGCUAAUUUAUAAGUAUGGCAAAUAUACGACUGGUUACAGACUAUGAUAAAACGCGACGUGCCAGAUUAUUGAUAAGCUUCAUAAAAUUAUAUUGUAGUUCAAUUCUUUUAUCACUGCAAUCCUGGGGUUAUGGAUUAUUUCGGCCGAAAAACAUGCGAAUGAAACUUUUACUUUUGUGUCUUUUACUUUUAUUUACAGAGCUGCAAGGAAAGGUUAGGACACAGGCUUCAGUUGGCUGACUAUCUUAUCAAGCCUGUUCAGAGGAUAACUAAAUACCAACUCCUUCUCAAGGUGAAUAAUUGUCAUAAUCAGUUUCUUGAUAACGCUCCUUCACUUGUUUUCAUCACUUUCAAUGCAUCUGUUUGCAUUGCUGUGCGUUGUGAUUGGUUGAAAAAUCACGUACCACCUUCUCGACCAAUCGGAGAAAACCCAGAGCCAAUCGUGACAUUCGUGUCUUUCUCGUACACGUUUCCCGCGCUUGGCGCCCGCUUUAUGUAAUUGCCUCGAAAUCUGAUUGGUUCAUUCUGUGAUUGGCAAGAGUGAUUCCUGUUUUUGGUUUUAGAGCUGACUGUUUUGGUUUUAGCCAACCAAAGGGCGUAGUAAAACCAAAACCAAAACCAAAACCAAACUUUCGACAGUUAAAAAAGACUGAAACUUUAAAAACAAGCUCUAAAAAAAUGGCGAAAAUCUAGCCUAGACCCAAGUGACCAAGCAAGCCUAGCAGACUCCUUGUGCAAUAACAUGGGAAAUAGUGAUGUAUAGGUCUACAUGUCUUAAAUGACAAGUUCGAUUUACUGGUUAAGCAGCUAAUUAGUAUUUUCCCCCUCAGAUGCAACAUCAUUCGCAUGUUUGUCUCCCAGGGACGGACACCCGGGGAAGGAGGUUGCCUCAGAUGCAUUGUACAUAUCAUUAAUACAAUUUUGAAAUAAUUUAGGACAUUCUGAAGCAUCAUGAGCGAGCGGGAGAAGACUGUACUCAUUUAGAGGUUAGUAGCGAGUAUUUGCGAGUGCAAAGUGAUUAGAAUUAAGAUAGCUCUUAAAACUGCGAUAAUAUCUAAAAACCAUCACGCCUUUAGAAGUUUUUUGAGUUUUCAUUCAGACACGUUUGGAGACGAAAGAGUUCACUAAUGAGACGGGCAGCUCUUUUAGCUUGUCAUUUAGCUUUACGGUCAUUUCGCCCCAGUUGAUUAGCUCCCUAUUUUAGAACGAGGAAUUUUAUAUUUGAAGCGCGCUUGCUUUGAUUUAUGGCUUAUAGAAAGAGGAAUAUUAUAUUUGAUUUUGAAGCGCGCUUGUUUUACUUUAUGGCGUAUAGAAAGAGGAAUGUUGUAUUUGGAGAGCACUAAAUGACUCGAAAAUAGGGGGUGAAGUAAGCGGGUGAAAUGACCGGUUACAGUGUCGCUCGUACUAAAUGACACAUUUUUCUUACUUUAAAACCCUUUGGGUCGGUUAUAUAAACGAAAUCUAACUUAGACCGCGGCUUAGGAAAUCUUUGGACCUUCAGAUCUCUUCGUUAAUGGAUAUUUGAAGAACACAAAUGCUUUUCUAUUCUACGCCACAUGCUUUCAUGAAACUUUUCACAAUAAGUGGUGUUUACAUAAAAGCGUUCGACAAACUGAAAGUCACUUAGAUCGCGGUUUUGUUAAACACUAGCUAAACUCCGUUGAAAUAACUGGGUCUUUCAUUUGAGACAGAAGCGAGUAGUUUUGAGAAGACGUUUUUGAUGACCGCCUUUCUUGCUGUAUUUGUAGAAAGCCUUGGAAGUUGCUCUGAGAAUACUAAAGCGAACUAAUGAUAUGGUAAAUGUUGGAAUGCUACAAGGAUAUGAGGUAAGCGUUAUUAUCAUUAGUCAGUCAAACCUGCCGAAAGCGACCACGUCCCAAAUGCCAAACUGUUGUGGUCAACUAUCGAAGAUGGGUGCUCAUGAGAGUGCGUUUUACUAAGAAAACAGACUUUUAUAUAGCCUGCGUAGCAAGCGUUUCCAUGCGGUUUAGGAGCAAAGAACGAGGAACGAGAAUCUGCAAAGACCGCGCGAAAAAUUGCGUAACUUUCAUUUUUUGGCUCUUUUUUCAUUUCUCGCGCGGCCAAAACCGAGAAUCCCGUUCCUUGGUCUUUCUUUGCUCCGAAACCAAACGAAACGAAACCGAAACGUUUGCUACGCAGGCUAACUUUUAUAAGAAAUUCGACGUAUCUAAAAAAGGCUUAACUAAACUUAACGGACAUGCAUUACUAAUGUGGUAGUUCGUUAACCAAUCUUGCUGCCCGGUUGAGUUUUAACUUCGUACUUACGAAAAUGGGGGAAAAAAAUUCUCUUUCGUUGUUUAAAUUGGGCUAUUCUGGUAGGCGAGCGGCAAACAUGAACAUUGGUUGAGACUUGAAUUUCGAGUCAUGCAGGGCUGGGAGGAAGUUUCAACACUUGCCCUUGUACAACUCACGCAACAGUUUCUCGUUUUUCUUCGUUUUAAGGUGAAUCCUGAAGAGACUGGUGACCUUAUACUUCAGGUAAGACGGAAGACGCCAUUUUUUGUCCAAGCUAAACUUCAUCGUUAGUGUCGAACGUUCACUGCAUUGCCCUUUGAUAUAAUAAUUGCCAAAUUCCUCUCUCGUAACUGGUUGCUGGAUCAUUUAAGCCCCAAUAUCCACAUACAAAUUCUCCAAACUGAUCUCUAUACAUUUCCUUAAAGAAUUAGUUGAGAGAAUUUAACAAAAGAUCAAAGCAUUUUCCUUUGGUGUCCUGUGCCCAGUUGUUCGAAGGCUGAUUAGCGCUAACCCGGGAUUAGCGGUCAGCGGUCAGCGAUGAUGAUGGCCGCGUUUUUUGAAGCUGGGUAGUUUGCGUUAUUUGUUGCCUUUUUGUGUUUUAAUGAAUAACAAAACUACAAAAGAAUAAAGUCAAUCUUGUUAAAGGGCCAUGAUUUGUUUUACUAUAAUGUGCCCUUCUCCAUUCUAAUUUUUUUUUUUUUAUUAUUAUUAUUAUGUACACGUAGUUUAAGCAACUUUGUACCAAUUGAUAUUGUACAACUAUUGUAUUAUUGUACAACUAAUGUAUUAUAGGAUGGAGUAAAAAUAAAAUGCAAAUACAAAUACAAACUCGGGAUUAAAUUUCGAUCCGGUUUUCCUUUUCUUUUGUUGAAAAGCAUUUUCUCGGAUAAUUUUCUCUGUUCUUCUUAGAGCGUCCAGCUAUCAAAUUGUAGAUAAAAAGAAUAAAGCUGAAUUUGGUUUUCAAGCUUUUACAUCUGUAUUCAAAUUUUUACACUAACCCUGGGUUAUCUUAACCCGGCUUUGAACAACCCGGUCCGGAUCAUUUUCUUUAUUCUCAAAACCUUUUUUCUUGAUAAUGUAUUGAUGAUGUUGGGAGAAAAUUGACGUUGGUCACUCUUGGGACGUAAAGGCUCAAUCGGUAGUGGAACGGAGAGGUGUCACUGGACGUUGGCGUAUGAAGGCGUACCGUACUUCCGCUUCACUUCUUUUAUGAGUAAUGAUCUCACCCCGCCCACCCAAGCAAAUGUCAGCAAAAGUCACAUAGACUAUGACACCGGUGUCUAUGUCUCUUGCUCUUUAUCAAACAGUUUCCUGGCUUUUUUGAUGCCUCCUUCUAAUUGAUAUGUUAGGCGGACGGCUCACUGUCACCUCCUAAUCUGACUGCGCGAUCAGUUGAACUAAGAUACGGUAACGAUGCUGCCUUUAACUUAAUACGUCCUUUGUUCUUGUUUAGGACGAGUUCUUUGUCGUUGACGGCAAGGCUAAAACAAAAGGCAAAGAGAGAAGAGUUUUCCUAUUUGAGAAAAUCAUUAUUUUUAGUGAACCAAUGACAAGAGAAGGUGGACUUCCAGCAUACAGAUAUGUACAUAGCAUGAAGGUAAAUAUGGAGAAUAGUUACCGCAUGCUGUUUCAAUACGAAGUCUUUAUAUGGAAGUUAUCUAUGAUAGUUAUUUAUCAUGUUUUUGUUUCGGAGGAUCAAAAAAACUGAUUGCGUUGUGUCAUCGAAGAAGUUUUCCCUCCGAGGCCAUGGAUAAAGAUUUGUGCUGUUUUGAGCGAAGAAUUAUCAGUUGUUAUGGAUGGCUAACGAUCUUUUGAAAAAGCUGUAAAUGUGGGCCCAUCGCCACGCUUUAAUUUGCGCUAAAGGAAAACGGAUUUCUUUUACGAAUUGGAAUUUUAAGUUACCGUAAAAUUCCGAAAAUAAGCCCCGGGGCUUAUAUUUUUCAAAGGCCCUUUUUGAGGGGCUUAUUUUCGGGGAGGCUUAUCUAUGGAGGGAAAUUUGCGUUUCAAAAUCGAUUGGGCUAGCCUUAUAGUUGGAAGGAAAUUUGGCUUUGUUUUACUUUGUAUUUGAGGGCAAUUUUCCAAGUACAAGCCCCCGGGGGGCUUAUAUUUGGAGGGGCGAUUUAACGGAGUCUUUUUUGCGUUACCGGUUUGGGGGGGUUAUAUUUGGAGGGGCUAAUUUUUGGAAUUUUACGGUAUAGGGAAAACUUACUUUCCUUCUCAAUUGUGACCAGAAAUGAAAUGCUUAGUCGCUUCUUCAGAAAUUUCGAGCCCUAGGACUACUGGAAUCGUUUGACUAGCCACAGUUAGUUUUGAUUGGUCGCUGGUUUCCACCGUUAACCAAUCAUAGUUCUUGAUGGUUACCCCAAAGUUUUUUACAAAAGACUCUGGCAACUGGUCUUUUCUCUCAGACGAAAGGUAUUGGACAGACAGAGUCUGUGGACAGUGACCCCAGCAAGUGGGCAGUCUGGAUGAGAAAACUGGCAGGCGCUGAGAUAUAUCUCCUCAAAGCGUCUUCACCAGAAAUCAAGGCGUUGUGGAUCAAGUCUAUUAAGGAGUGUCAUGAUAAGAAAAGACCUGGACUUCUAAAAGGUUUGGCUUUGUUUGCCCUUCUUUCUAACUGAAUAAGAAAACGUUCAGGGAGUAUAUAUCUCAGUAACUUCCAGAUUUGCGAAAAACUGAAUGCAGUUAAAAACACACCUAAUAUUAAUUCGCGAAAUGCUGAAAAAGAAAUAUCAUCUGGUGUAACAACACUGCUGAAAAGGUUUCACUAUUUGAAUGGUAACUCCGUAAAUUUCGUCCCAAGAACGGGACAAAAGAGUUAGAAAUGCAUCGUGGAACUUCAAACGUUUGGACAGAGAGAUUUGACCUGAUUUCCAUGCGAUGAAGCAAGGAGUUCUUUAAAAAAACUUCAUGAGUUGAAAGCUACACUCUUUGUUGCAGUUACGAGUGAAAAACGCGGUUGGGGAACUGGCUGUCUUUGGAGUUUAGGUUUGAGACUUGGUCAGUGUUGUGUAGAAGUACAUUACGGGACUGCUUGGUGUGACAAAUUUGGACCCAGUUUCUUGCACAACUGCAUAAAAGCCAAUGAAAGAAGUUAGUGAUAAUGACCCCUAAACAGUCCCAUAAUGCAGUUCGACACAGCACUGACCCAGUCUCCGCCACGCAAACUCAGAGUGGCUAAUGUGGACGAACAGAACAAGUUUACUUCCAGUCAUCCCGACUAAGCCACUCUGGUUUGGUUUUUUGGAUCCUUCUAGGCUGGUAUAAAAACAGAGGUCGAAGUUUGGAGCAGCAGAAGGAAGCAGAGUAAGUCACUUGCUAUUAAUAAUGGGUGAAAGGGGUCAAUGUUGUUUUGGAGUGACACGAAAUGUUCCUCAUAUUGCGAGCAGCAAAGUUGCGUGACAUUGUUGCGUGACAUUCAAGAAACAGAUGUUUGGGAGAAGUCUAGCCUUUGACUAAAGCAGUCAGAAACAUCUACUUCUUCUCUCGUGUUCUUUUUAUUUUUCUAGUUCCACUGAUGGAGGACAACUCAAGGUUCGUUCCCAGAAUCAGGGCGGGUCAUGCCGCCGCACAACUGUGAAAAGGAAAACGUCCAAGGUUAAUAAAACUGGCAAAAGAGGACGGGAGAUGAACGCAUCUGAACGCCUCAGGGAAAAUAUCCGGAAAUAUCGCACGGAAGAAAGACUGCUAGCGGUUGACCCAACAUCCUUCCGUGAUGAAAGUGAUGCUUGUGAAGGACUAAUGAACGGAAAUUCAUUGACAAAUUUAUCUGUGCCCCAGUCCCCUUGUACAGAGAUGAACGCUCCGAUGAAAUUGGCCGAGAUGUCCUCGGUUGAGCGGCGGUUAAAGUUGCAGGCUGAGGUGUGUUUGUGUAUGAGUAUCUACCAGAUUUUCUUUGAUAUUCAGGUAAAAGCGUUUUCAAGCUCUUCUCAGACAACGAAUAGUUCCUUUGGGUAGUGCUACUGACUGGUCGUGCCGCGUGGGAAAUUUGCUGCAACAUAUCAGAAGCACUGCCUAGAUCUGGGUAGAGAUCCGUCAUCAGUAUGGAAUUUCUGCGCUGGUUUCAGGCUACUUUAGAGCACUCGUGUCGACGCUCGUUCUGCCAUCUCGCGAGACACGAUGUUACUAUAUUUUGAUGAAACGGAGAUUAUAGUCAUAGCCUAUCGCAGAUGUAGAAAACUGCACAGGACCACCAACUGUGACAAUUUACUGUGAAUCUGGAUGCCAGGUCUAUACUGCUUGACUUGUCGCUAUGUAGUUUUAAUGAUUGUAAUUGUUCCUUCUCUCUAGGAGAAUCAGCUUCACAAAGUUUUACAUGUGACCAGAAUGAUCGCAGCCAGAUUACUUCAGAUAAGAGACCGCGAGCGGGCCCUUGGAAUGUACAGUGACGCCAUUGCCGCGACUUUAUCAUUAGAGGAACUGAAAAAACUUGAAGGGGUAAGCGUAGGCAAACCAACAUACCAUAUGAUAGGUGGGGCCUAUCUGUGGUAUGCUGGUUGGCCUUUGGUUUGCUUUGGAUCUGUGUGUUUUAAAGAUUUUUGACAAAUAGCGAAGUUUUCCUGAAAUUUUCGAGAAAGUGCACUAUAAAUCUUGUAUUCUGUUCCAGCUGUUUGCUGCCCGUGAUGUUCUACUCGGUAGAAGUUUGGAAGUUUAUGAAGCAUACAGAAAAGAGCAAGCAAAUGUGAGGUAAACUCUCUUGCAAACUUAGAAACAGAGAAGUUGUUUUUGUUGUUGUUGUUGAGAUAGAUAAAUUCUUAAAUACUUUAGUCAGGUCUUCAGUACCAGUGCAAAUGACAGCUUGAGAAAACAGCCGACAUUUGCCGACGCUAACGCUUGUUUUCCCGCCAAAUGAUCUCUGAGGAACGAGCGUAGAAAUUCCAUACUGAUGACUGAUAAGGGUAAUGCUUCUGAUUGGUUGAAGCAAAUUUUCAGCCAAUCAGAAGGACUUCCCACAUCUGGCUAGUAUUGUGUCAUCAGUAUUGAAUUUAUGCGCCCAUUCCUCAGGCGUUUUUUUCACGGGUAAACCACUUUGGUGGCGUCACGAACCAUCGGCUGUUUUUUCAGGCUAUACAAAAAGGCCGCGGAACGCUAAGAAAUAGUUGUUUUAUCUAAGUAGUUAGAAGUUUGAAUACCGCAGUUAUUGACACCGUCUACCGCACCGUGCUAGCGACAAAGGCCUUGUCACUUGAACUCAGUCUUUUCUUUUGUUCUAGUUUGGACGUGGAGGAAAACUAUAAUUCUUUAACAAGUCUACUUAACGAAACCGCAGGGUGAGUUCUUCAUGAUUUUCUCUUGACAAAACUGUCGACUGGAGUGUAACACUCUCUCUAUCUCCGGUUAUGUUUUUAAGGUACUCGAGUGUUUUCCGAGGCACCACGUGGUCGAUCGUUCUCUACUCGAUAACAGCUGUAGCCGCGUCUAGAGAACAGCACUGGCGCGAAGCUUCCCAGGCGUUUUACCGCGUGUCCAUGGUUUAUAGCAACUUGCAGGCAACCAUGUGUGCAGGUACCACUGUCUCAAACCACACCCAUUCAAGCCACAUCAACUCGCCACGCGUUACCACCUAAACUAAUCCACAUGCCACGUGUUACUUUUUCAACUACACCCUCAAUCCACGUGUUACUAUUUUAACCACACCCACCGAUCACGUGUCAUAGCCUCAAACAACACCUGCUCUCCACAUGCUCUACGUCAAAAAUUAGCUACACGUCACGUGUUACAGCCACAUAACACACCUCACAUGUAUUUGGGCCUCAAACCACAAACACUUCACAAAAAAGACCACGUGUUAUAGACCCGCCCCACACCCACGAGCCACGUGUCAACGUCUCAGACCACACCCGUGUAGUAUGCCCAUUCAGUCUUUCCACUCUUCCUUAGGGUCUUCUCGGUGUGGGUACACAGACGCUAUGACGUAGCUGUAUACCGUAGAUGCGCCACAAGUAAAAAAAGUGUCUCAAGAAAUAUAAGUGUACUGUAUUUUUUUAGUUGAUAGUUUACUUGAUGCACACUGGAUGUGCUGUCAAGCAGAAGACUACCUCACUGCUCUGCAAUUCCUCUACAAUGGUUUCAUUCGAGCGCUAGCUGCAAAAGACCUGAUGAGAUGUUUAAGGUUAGUCAUAGUACGUCGCAUUGGGGGAUCCAGGGGAGGGGGCCGGGGACCCUGGGCAACCCCUUAUUUUUACCCCCAUCUCAGCGUCUGGAUCCGGUACUGCAUCGUUUUGGUUGUCAACAUGAAUAAAUUUUACCAUCGCUUGUUUCUUCAAUGCUUCACGAUAUGAUAAUUUGCUGGAGAAGAACUCACCCUACUUUUUCAGCCAAUGAACUAUGAAUACUUCUGACCAAUCGUGACCGGGUUGUCAAAUGCGCUUAGUCCCAGCUUCAUGUGUCCGCGGCUUCAAGCACUGGUUGGUUUCUUUGGCAGAAUUUGUGGGUACAGUUCUUUGACACUCCAUCAGACGGGCACCUCUUUAAGACAGGCAAGUAGUACUGGUGUCAACAGUGCUCUGAUCUUAGCCAGAUCUCCCACGGCUUGCAGCAAGGGAGAUCUCAAUUAUUGGUCGCGGCUAGUGACCUGUGAUAGAUCCACCGCCUUGUGCGUAUGCUUGUGCUUAUGUCGAGCCAGUUUUCACUAGUUAAAGCUACGACAUAAGCAUAAGCACCAGUACAAGAAGAACGAACUUGCCCGUUUUCUUGUGCGUAUGCUUAUGCUUAUGCUUAUGUCGACCUAGUUUUCACUUGCUUACACAUGUCCUUGUGCUAAUUCUUAUGCCCUAUUGAAGCGUAAGCGUGCUACUUGUCCUUGUCUAAAAAUGUGCAACUCAUUCUUGAGAUUUCUUUUGGAUUGCCCACCCUUGGGCAAUCUUUUUCAAGCCUGUUCGUUUUAUUUUAAUUUUUACUAGACUGGAACAACAAGCCUUGCAUUUGGUGGACAAAGUAAAGUCGCUAGGCCCUAAGCUCUAUGAGUUGGCGAAAGAAGAGGGAGAACUGGAUGCUAGGCAACAGGUCAGCACACUUCAUGUUGAGUUCCUGGUCAACAUGAGUCGAGCGACAAGACGAAGAGACUGGGCCUGGUUUGAGAUCGCUGAAAGUGAACUUCAGAAAUUGUAUGUUUCAUUUAUAAUAAUUAUCAUCAUCAUUUGUGUUAUUAUUUGUAUUUAUUUGUAUUUGCUGCUGUAAAAUGAUCUAGGCAAGUGAUUUGAAAUGAGUCCAAAAUUUCGUAAGUUAGCCUACGCAGCUAGUGGUUUCGCUUGGGCGUGAUGCAAGAACUUUCGCAGCCUUAACCGUGAAGCCGCGAGCUAGAUGAUUGGAGGGGAGGGAGAAGCCUUCCAUGAAACCCUCGUUUUUAGUUCCCUUACUCCAGAGGACGUUGUCGAGUACGCACCUACUCUUCCCAUACAGUAAUGCUUGUCUCCCCCACCCUCCCCAUCUGCAACUCUCACACACUCCUCUCAUAUUGCAGCUGCUCGGGAGAUGGUCACCAGGCCGACGCCGUUCUCCAGACUGUAUUUCUCAAGAUAAAGAAGUCGUUACCAGGGCCGUCCGAGUUUUGA